CUUCUCCUACCAGCUACCACCCCAACCACCACUGCUUACCACUCAUCUAUCUGAUUCUCCCAUCACCUACCAGCUUAUCCUACCAGGAACCACCCAACCACCACUGUUUACCACUCAUCCAUCUGAUUCUCCCAUUAUCUACCAGCUUCUCCUACCAGCUACCACCCCAACCACCACUGCUUACCACUCAUCUAUCUGAUUCUCCCAUCACCUACCAGCUUAUCCUACCAGGAACCACCCAACCACCACUGCUUACCACUCAUCUAUCUGAUUCUCCCAUCACCUACCAGCUUAUCCUACCAGGAACCACCCAACCACCACUGCUUACCACUCAUCUAUCUGAUUCUCCCAUCACCUACCAGCUUAUCCUACCAGGAACCACCCAACCACCACUGCUUACCACUCAUCUAUCUGAUUCUCCCAUCACCUACCAGCUUCUCCUACCAGGAACCACCCAACCACCACUGCUUACCACUCAUCUAUCUGAUUCUCCCAUUAUCUACCAGCUUAUCCUACCAGGAACCACCCAACCACCACUGCUUACCACUCAUCUAUCUGAUUCUCCCAUCACCUACCAGCUUAUCCUACCAGGAACCACCCAACCACCACUAUUUACCACUCAUCUAUCUGAUUCUCCCAUUAUCUACCAGCUUAUCCUACCAGGAACCACCCAACCACCACUGCUUACCACUCAUCUAUCUGAUUCUCCCAUCACCUACCAGCUUCUCCUACCAGGAACCACCCAACUACCACUGCUUACCACUCAUAUAUCUGAUUCUCCCAUCACCUACCAGCUUAUCCUACCAGGAACCACACAACCACCACUGUUUACCACUCAUCUAUCUGAUUCUCCCAUUAUCUACCAGCUUCUCCUACCAGCUACCACCCCGACUACCACCGUUUACCACUUCACCUACCUGAUAAGCAUGCCACCUACCACCCUGUCCUAUACCAGCUACCACCAAUCUACCACUGUUCACCACCAUAAACCUAUCAUACGAAACCAAUUACCCACUUAUAACAUCUACCAACCAUUUCUACGAGCUUCACCCCAACUACUCUAA